AUGUCAUCCAAACGUCAAAGAAAUAACAGCCACAGGCUAUCAAGUUAUUAUUUAAUUGAAACUUCACCUGCAUUGAUAAAUAUUUCAAUCAUGGGUCGCAAAUUUGUUGUUGGAGGUAACUGGAAGAUGAACGGUGACAAGAAUCAGAUAAAUGAAAUUGUGAACAACUUAAAGAAAGGACCUCUUGAUCCUAAUGCUGAGGUUGUAGUUGGUGUGCCAGCCAUCUACCUUGCUUAUGUCAAAAGCAUUAUUCCCGGUAAUAUUGGAGUUGCAGCUCAAAAUUGCUGGAAGGCUCCCAAAGGAGCGUUCACAGGUGAAAUUUCCCCUGCAAUGAUCAAAGAUAUUGGGGCUGACUGGGUCAUCCUUGGUCACUCUGAAAGGAGGACCAUUUUUGGUGAAAAAGAUGAAUUAGUUGCUGAAAAGGUUGCUCAUGCGCUUGAAUCAGGCCUGAAGGUAAUUGCCUGUAUUGGUGAAACUUUAGAAGAGAGAGAGGCUGGCAAGACUGAAGAAGUUGUGUUUAGACAGACUAAAGCCCUAUUGCCAGCUAUUGGCAACAACUGGGCCAAUGUUGUGUUGGCAUAUGAGCCUGUGUGGGCUAUUGGUACUGGCAAAACAGCUACACCACAGCAGGCCCAAGACGUCCACGCAUCUCUGCGUAACUGGCUGUCAAGCAAUGCGUCCCCUGACAUCGCUGAAACUGUUCGCAUUCAAUAUGGCGGCUCGGUAACUGCAGCCAAUGCUAAGGAGCUUGCUUCCUGUAAAGACAUUGAUGGUUUCCUCGUUGGCGGAGCAAGUCUGAAGCCAGAGUUUAUUGAUAUUGUCAAUGCCACUCAG